CCCCGGGGAGACAUUUUGAAGGGGAGAUGGACCAAAUCCCAAGAACCACGUGCUCGCCUUCCCACGCUCCUUCCAUACUUAAGAAGCUCCGGCUUGAUUCCACCGCCAUCGCAGAUUGCCCGUAGGAGGAGAAGAACAAGAACAUGGGGACGCUCAGAUGCUCUGUCCUUGGGAAGUUCUUGUGCGGGCGAUUGCUGCUGCUGGUCUCUGUGGGGUUCGUUGCUUCUCAGUCCAUCGUCGAGUAUCUUCCUGGCUACCCCGGGAAGCUCCCAUUCAGGCUUGAAACCGGGUACAUUUCCGUGGACGAUUCCGAACUGUUCUACUAUUUUAUAGAGUCACAGGGGCACCCGAAAGAGGACCCCAUCUUCUUGUGGCUUACCGGAGGCCCUGGUUGUUCUUCGUUCAAUGGACUUAUCUACGAGAUCGGUCCAAUGGAGUUUGACAUCGAAAACUAUGCGGGAGGACUACCAAGGCUGCGACCUUACGAGUACGCAUGGACAAAGACAGCUAGCAUCAUAUUUCUCGAUUCACCAGUGGGUACUGGCUUUUCCUAUUCGACUACUGCUGAAGGUUGGUACUCUUCAGACUCAAAAUCGGCAUUACAAGCAUAUCAGUUUCUGAGAAAGUGGAUGGUAGCGCACCCUCAAUACCUCGCAUUACAGUUAUUCAUUGGAGGAGAUUCGUAUUCAGGAAUGAUAGUUCCACUCGUAACCAAAUAUGUUGUCGAUGGUAACAAGGAUGGAGUGGAUCCACAUUUCAAUCUCAAGGGAUAUCUUGUUGGAAGUCCGAGAACAGACUCGGUUAUUGAUGAGAACUCGAAGAUUGUCUUUGCCCAUCAAAUGGCACUUAUAUCUGAUGAACUCUAUGAGGCAGCCAAAACAAGUUGCCAUGAGAACUAUGUGAGUGUCGAUCCAUUGAACACAAAAUGCAAUGCCACUCUUGCAAUCAUCGACAGGUGUGUCAAGGAUAUAUUCAAGAAUGACAUCUUGGAACCAAAGUGUGUAUUUGCAUCCCCGAAGAUGAAUCCUGAAGUGGGCCGUCGAUCAGUGCUAGAGAAGCCCGAAGAUUUCAUUCUUUCGCCUCCUAGAAUUCCUGACUUGUGGUGUCGGACUUUUAACUAUGCUAUGUCCUACUGGUGGUCAAACGAUAUUCAAGUUCAAAAGGCUUUGAACGUCCGACCGGGGACCGUACUGGAUUGGAAGAGGUGUAACAAAAGCUUAGCAUACACCAAAGAUAUACUAAGCGUCGUUUAUGUUCACAAGGAGCUCAGCACGCUCGGGCUGGAAGUAUUAGUCGAGUGUGGCGACCGUGACAUGGUUGUUCCGUAUGUUGGUACCGUAAAUUGGAUCACGUCUCUCAACCUGACCGUUGUAAAUGACUGGAGGCCAUGGUUUGUUGAUGGACAGAUUGCAGGAUAUACAAAGAAGUACUCGGAACAUGGGUUUCGUUUAACUUACACGACAAUCAAGGGUGCAGGGCAUACUGCUCCGGAGUAUUAUCGAAGGGAAUGUUACGAAAUGUUCGAUAGGUGGAUCCACUACUAUCCUAUAUGAGACCGACUUCUCUGUCCUUCGAUCUCGAACAUGUCGCAAGGCUUCAUAGGUUAUCAUGUACCAGCUUGAUGACGAUGAGGAGGAUUUCGCUGCAUGUAAAAUAAAAUAUUUCGCUUCAUAAGAAUGUAACCUGAUCCAGUAAGUAAAAAGAAAAAGGAGCCACGGCCACUUGGUCAUUUCCAUCGAGAAAAACUUGGAUCAGUGUCACAUAAAUUUCAAAUCUAUGUAAUUAUCCUUUUCGAGAAAAAUGGAAAACGAAACGGUUUUCAAAUCGGAAA